CCUAGAAAAUAGAACUACCGUAACGACCAGCGUUAGGAAACGACGCUUACUCUUCACCAACCUCUUACGUUCCCUUCCCAAUUCCGCAAGGCGGAACCUUCGAAGUCUGAAACAAACACCAACUUCUUCUUCUCUUCUUCUUCUUCACAUUAACCACACUCAAUUUCAUUUUAUUUAAUCUUUCAUUUCUCUUUUCUUCCCAUUUACAUCAAUGUCUCCGCCUUAUAUUGCUAACGCCGAUGUUUCUCCCGUCAUUCCUCCUUCUCCUUCGCUCACCGGCCGUGUUUCUUCUGUGUAUAGCGAAGUCCAAGCCUAUCGUAUCGAUCAACCUCUCCCUUUUCCCUCUGUUCUCAAAAACCGGUUCCAAAUAGUCGAUGGCCCUCCUAGCUCCGCCGCCGGCAAUCCGGAUGAGAUCGCGAAGCUGUUUCCUAGUCUCUUCGGCCAACCGUCGGCAAUGUUGGUGCCAAGCGAUUCCGGUUAUGUGCAGGUGAAUAAGAAGUUGAAGAUCGGAGUUGUCUUGUCUGGUGGCCAAGCACCCGGAGGGCAUAAUGUGAUUUCUGGACUAUUUGAUUACUUACAGGAUCAUGCAAGAGGAAGCACGUUGUAUGGUUUCAAGGGUGGUCCUGCAGGGAUCAUGAAAUGCAAAUAUGUGGAAUUGACUGCAGAGUUUAUCUACCCAUAUCGCAAUCAGGGUGGUUUUGAUAUGAUCUGCAGUGGGAGGGAUAAGAUUGAAACUCCAGAGCAGUUUAAGCAAGCUGAAGAAACUGCUCAGCGGCUUGAUUUGGAUGGGCUUGUUGUAAUUGGUGGAGAUGAUUCCAACACAAAUGCAUGUCUUCUUGCUGAAAACUUUAGGAGUAAAAAUUCGAAAACCCGAGUUAUUGGUUGCCCAAAAACUAUUGAUGGUGAUCUCAAAUGCAAAGAGGUCCCCACAAGUUUUGGAUUUGAUACUGCUUGCAAGAUAUAUUCAGAAAUGAUUGGUAAUGUGAUGGUUGAUGCUCGAUCAACAGGAAAAUAUUAUCACUUUGUACGGCUUAUGGGUCGUGCUGCUUCUCACAUCACACUGGAGUGUGCUUUGCAAACUCAUCCAAAUAUUACUAUUAUUGGAGAAGAGGUUGCGGCUAAGAAGCUUACCUUGAAAAACGUUACAGACUACAUUGUGGAUGUGAUUAGUAAACGUUCUGAACUUGGUUACAAUUAUGGUGUCAUACUUAUUCCCGAGGGUCUGAUUGACUUCAUUCCUGAGGUGCAGCAACUUAUUGCAGAACUCAAUGAAAUUCUUGCUCAUGAUAUUAUGGAUGAGGAUGGGCUAUGGAAAAAGAACCUUACUACUCAAUCUCAUCAUCUUUUUGACUUUUUCCCACAAGCAAUCCAAGAACAAUUGUUGCUUGAAAGAGAUCCACAUGGCAAUGUCCAAGUUGCCAAAAUAGAAACUGAAAAAAUGCUUAUUCAAAUGGUUGAAACUGAGUUGGAAAAGAGGAGGCAAGAAGGUUCAUAUAAUGGCGGUGAAUUCAAGGGGCAGUCACAUUUCUUUGGGUACGAAGGGAGGUGUGGUUUACCCACCAACUUUGAUUCAACUUAUUGCUAUGCUUUGGGUUACACUGCUGGAGCUCUCCUCCAGAAUGGAAAAACUGGACUAAUAUCAUCGGUAGGAAAUUUGGCUGCUCCAGUUGAAGAUUGGACGGCUGGCGGAACUGCAUUGACUUCGUUAAUGGAUGUGGAGAGGAGACACGGUAAAUUCAAGCCUGUGAUCAAGAAGGCAAUGGUGGAACUCGACGGUGCACCUUUCAAGAAAUUUUCAUCGUUAAGAGAGCAAUGGGCAGUCAAGAACCAAUAUAUCAGUCCAGGUCCAAUUCAAUUUGUUGGUCCAGCCUCAAAUGUGAUUAAUCAUACUUUGUUGUUGGAACUUGGGGCUCAAGCAUGAUAUCAUAUUUAACUAUCAUCAUCCCUUUCCUAAAUAAACUGUAUUGAACUUAUGGAUUUUGGUAUUUCCAUAUUUCUUAUUGAAACUUUUAUAUUUUGAAUAGUAGUGUUUACUAACGGAAUAAGAUCCUUUGGAAUGAAUGAAUAGUAGAUUCUUAGAA